AUGGACGGGGUUAGCGGGGACUUCUUCCAGCUUGUCCGGGAGGCGGCGGCGGCGGCGAAGGCCGAGCGGGAGGAGGCGGGGCACCCCCCGCUCCCCGUGCAGAGCUUCUACCGCGGCGUGAGGCGCCAUUACGGUAAGUACGGGGCAGAGAUCCGCGACCCACUGGACAGCGAGCGCGCCUGGCUCGGGACGUACGCGACCGCCGAGGAGGCGGCGUACGCGUACGACAUCGCCGCGAGGGUCGUGCAGGGGAACAAGGCCAGGCCCAACUUCAACAUCUCCCCGCUGAUGCCCGGGGACGACGACGACGCCGCCACCGAAAUCGUGCUCGCCUACUUCGCCGAGUUGAGGCACGCGCGCAUGGCGCGCGCGGAGAGGCGCGCCCAGCAGGCGGCCGCUGAAGCGGCGGCGGCUCCGGCACCCGACGCGGCCCCUGCUCAGAUCCCGUCCGCACCUGCUGAUCCGGACGACGACGUCGACUUGCAGCAGGAGCCUGGGGCGGCGGCGCCGGAAGGAGACCUGCCACCUGGACCUAGCUUCGCCGAUGCAAGCAACAUCGGCGCCGGCAGCGAAUGA